UGAGUCAGAAUGCUUGUGCAAUCAAGUCAUACAAAGAUUCACUCUGGUCCUUGGUUGUGAAGUUUGAAGGUAUAAAGAAACGAAAAGGUGGUCAAAUAGAUAAUCCUACUCAUCCAUCAAUUAUUCAAUAG